UAAUUUGUACGUUUCUUUUUUAAUAGCAAACUUUACUUGAAAUAUUGUAAUUCAGUCAUUUUUACAUAAUCAAGUUAGAUAAGCAAAUAUUGAAUUGAUUGGAUCAUGAUUUUAUAAAAAAAUGUGUUUGGAAAUUAAUAUUCGAGCCACGAAAACUUGGUCUGUUUAUGUUUUCAAAAUUAAGAAGAAGAAAAGUUUCUUCAAAUUUGCUUUGACAUAUUUUUAAUUAAAUUUACUGAUAAUUAUGUCAAUUCAAAAAUAGAAAAAGAAAGAAUAUUUUGUAAUCAAACCCUUCUAAUAAAUAAUUAACAGACAUUCAUUAAAUAAGUAAGAGCCUAUUCGGAUUAAAAUAUAAGUAAAGUUUAUUUAAUUCUAAAUUAAAAAGAGGAAACUUAUGUAAAUCUCACAAGUUUCAAAGUUAAUUAUUUAGAUUUUUCGUAUCUUAUUAACAUUUUAUUCCUGCAAAUAUGUUCUAAAUACAUUGUAAUAUGUACGACAUAUAAAUAUACACAGACAGAGUUAGCAUCAAUUAACCAAAAAUUUUAUGUGCAAAUUUUUGAUCAAAUUUAAAUUUUUGAACUCUCGAAAAAUGAAAUAUAUUGUAUUAAUUGGGACAAAGUGAAUAGUAAUUAGGAUCAUUAGGAUUUUGAGAGAGGAUCAUUAGGAUGUGACAAAAGUACUGAAAACAAAACUUAUAAUAUGUGCAAAUUACUAGUUUUCUGUUUGAACUAUUGAUAAUAGAUUAAAAAUAGUUUUUUACUAGUUAACUAAGUUUAGAUACAGACCGAACGUAACAAGUGGUUUCAAACUCUUAUAACAGUGUAAGAUUCUUAGUAAAAAUUCAAGAGAAGUGUGAAAAAUAUCCUAAACUUGACAAUAAUCUAGGAGAUAUGCUUAAUUUUAACUAGUCAAGUAAAAAAAUACUUUUAAGAUUAUCAAUAGUUUAUGAAUGAAACUAAUAUUUUACGUCGAGUUAAAUAAUUUUACCCAAAUAUAUAUAUAUAUAUAUAAUUGGGUACAAUUAUAUUUGGCUAGGAAGUUAAAUAUAGUUAUCUAAGUUGUAAGUCUAUAAAACCAAACACCGCUCCAAUUUUGCGUUAGAUCCAACCUGUAAAUUCAUUUUCCAUUUCCCCCUCCAACCUCGCCGGCGACGCCGUCUGUAUCCUCUUCUCCCAGCCACCACUCCGGCAAGUGAAAAGCGGAGAUGAAAGCAACACGUGGCUGCAGAUUCUCCUUCCACGUCACCCUCGUCUCUGCGGCAAUUGCUUACAUUUACUUCUCCACUGUAUUUGUAUUCAUUGAUCAGUGGUUGGGACUUUGGUCGUCUCCCGGUAUACUUAACGCCAUCCUGUUUUCCGUCGUUGCUCUCUUCUGCAUUUUGAGUUACCCACUUGCAAUAUACACUGAUCCGGGUCGUGUUCCUAGCUCAUUCAUACCCGAUGUCGAAGACCCGGAGAAUACGGUUCAAGAGAUCAAGCGAAAGGGUGGGGAUAUGAGAUACUGCCAGAAGUGUUCCCUUUAUAAGCCUCCACGUGCCCAUCAUUGUCGUGUAUGUAAUAGAUGUGUACUGCGAAUGGAUCAUCAUUGUGUGUGGAUGAAUAAUUGUGUGGGCCAUGCAAACUACAAGAUCUUCUUCAUCUUCGUUUUAUACGCAGUUAUUGCUUGCAUAUAUUCCCUGGUUCUGCUUGUUGGUAGCAUAACUAUUGAUUCUCCAAAGCACGACCAGCAAAGUGAAGGUUCUUACAGAACAGUAUAUAUUCUUUCAGGGCUUCUACUGGUCCCACUAAGCUUGGUACUGGGUUUUUUUUUGGGUUGGCAUGUGCACCUGAUUUUGCAAAACAAGACAACCAUUGAGUACCAAGAAGGUGUCAGAGCUAUGUGGCUGGCUGAAAAGGGAGGUCAUGUGCAUUCACAUCCAUAUGAUCUUGGUGCAUAUGAGAAUUUGAUAUCAGUUCUAGGCCCAAAUGUAUGUUGCUGGGCGUGCCCCACAACAAGGCAUAUAGGUUCUGGCCUUCGAUAUCGGACACCAUUUGAGGGCUUUUCCUCGACAUCAAGAUAAACAUGUUACUGAAACACCCUGUGACAAGAUGGCAAUGUUUUAGUUGCCAAAGAAGCAGAGGAAGCCUUGUUCUGCUUUGGAAGUAGCAAGCUUGACAGUGUCAGCUGCUUGCCAUCAGCCAAGAUUAACAACAUGGAGGUGAUUUUUCAAUUUUUUGUUUUCUGUCAUUUCAGAGAUCUCCAGUCUGAGACACUAACAAAAAGGUAACGAGAGUUAUCGAAGAGGUUGUCAAUAGAAGAGAGUUGAUAGUUCCCAUUGUUCAUAGUUGGGAUUACAAAGCUAGCAUACACCAUGUAAAAUAGAAAAGAACUUGCAUGUAGCUCAAACAGCUGUCUUCCUUCUUCCAGCAUCAUUGGUAAUGUUGACAAAAUGACAGGCCAUUGGUGAAUCCUUUUUCUUGAAACAAAUCAUAGCAACUUAGGGUGAAAGUUAAUUCAAAGUUUUUCAAUCUUGUCAAGGGUUAAAUAGGUUUGGCGAAGGGCGGUGUUUAAGAUUUUUUUUUCCUCAACUAUCUUGUAUUUGAUAAUUAAUCCAAAUUCAUUUAAGCCCAGCCUACCAAGGAAACAUUUUUAUAUUUUUAUUGUUCAAAUUUGAGACUUGUAAUUAAGAUAUUCCUUCUGUCUAUCUUCAAAAAAUAAAAUGAAUUAUUCCUUCUA